CCAGAGACAUAUGCUCGGAAUCCGCAAUACAAUUCGCACUUCAUUGUAACUGAAGAUUCCGUGGAACAGGAUGGCAAGUGCACAGUGAUCGUUGCUGUACUGCAGAAAUAUCGCCGAGAAAUGAGAACUAUCGGCAAAGACAGUUUGCCUAUCGGAUUUGCCGUCUACGAGGUGGACUCUGAUCCGAAUGGUGCCCUCAGUGCGGACUACCUUCUCGGACGUAAACCAACGGCUCGUACCCGGGUAUUCAUCAAUAUGCGAGAAGUAACGUGCCGUUUCCGUGUACCGGCUGGACACUACGUUAUUCUUCCGUGCACAUUUGACCCGGGUUGCGACGGAGAGUUCCUUCUACGAAUCUAUGUAAACGGAAAACUUCAGACUUGG